CCUCAACCAUCCUCGGGUAGACAUUUUGCUUUUCCAUUAAUCCAGUGGCUUAGACUCCGGAACGCGAUGUCCUGCGGUGACAGAAACGGGAAAACGUGAGACAGCGUCUUCUUCCCUGAAGGGAGGUGGGCCCGAGAUUCGACAGUGGCGUUGUCGGAGUAACCUAGCCGCUGGGUGUGGCCCUUGACGGCUGACCCCAGGUUCCCUCACUUGUCGCCACCCUUCCGUAGUUCACUGGCCUGAUGGCGGCGGCUGCGCCGAUGGGCCAGGCACAGGUUCCCCUGAACUCGGAAGUUAUUAUGGACCCUAAACAGGGGCAGGUGAACUUUGAGGACGUGUUCGUGUACUUCUCCCAAGAGGAGUGGGUGCUCCUUGAUGAGGCUCAGAGGCUCCUGUACCGUGAUGUGAUGCUGGAGAACUUUGCACUUAUGGCCUCUCUGGGUUGUUGGCCUGGAAUGAAGGAUGAAGAGAUACCUUUUGAGCAGAGCUUUUCUAUAGGAUUGUCACAGAUCAGGAUUCCUAAGGGAAGUCCGUCUACUCAGAAGGCUUAUCCCUAUGGGACAUGUGGCCUGGUCUUAAAAGACAUUUUGCACUUGGCUGAGCACCAGGAAACACACCCAGGGCAGAAACCAUACAUGUGUGUCCUGUGUGGGAAACAGUUCUGGUUUAGUACAAACCUCCACCAGCACCUGAAGCAACACAGUGGAGAGAAACCCUUUAGAAGGGAUAAGAGCAGGGCCUUUCUUGUGAACAACUGCCCUGUCCAAUCAUCAGAGAUGUCUUUUGUGACAGAGGCUUGUAAGGACUUCCUAGGCAGCUCAAGCAUUUUCCAGCACCAUGUCCCUCACAAUGAAUGGAAGCCACACAGCAGCACCAAGUGUGAGGAGGCCUUUCAACGUGGAAAAAGGCAUUACAAAUGCAGUGAAUGUGGGAAAACCUUCAGCCGCAAGGACUCACUCGUUCAACACCAGAGAGUCCACACUGGAGAAAGGCCUUAUGAGUGCGGUGAAUGUGGGAAAACCUUCAGCCGCAAACCCAUACUUGCUCAGCACCAGAGAAUCCACACUGGAGAAAUGCCUUAUGAGUGUGGCAUUUGUGGGAAAGUUUUUAAUCAUAGUUCUAACCUGAUUGUACAUCAAAGAGUACACACUGGAGCAAGGCCUUACAAGUGCAGUGAAUGUGGGAAAGCCUAUAGCCACAAGUCUACACUUGUUCAGCAUGAGAGUAUCCAUACUGGAGAAAGGCCUUAUGAGUGCAGUGAAUGUGGAAAAUACUUUGGUCACAAAUACAGACUCAUUAAACACUGGAGUGUUCAUACUGGAGCAAGGCCUUAUGAGUGCAUUGCAUGUGGAAAGUUCUUUAGCCAAAGCUCUGACCUUAUUGCACAUCAAAGAGUUCAUAAUGGUGAAAAGCCUUAUGUGUGCAGUGAAUGUGGAAAAGCCUUUAGCCACAAACAUGUACUUAUUCAGCAUCACAGAAUUCACACUGGAGAAAGGCCAUAUAAGUGCAGUGAAUGUGGGAAGGCCUUCAGGCAGAGGGCUUCCCUCAUCCGACAUUGGAAAAUUCACACUGGAGAAAGGUCUUAGGCUGGAAGACAGAUACUCCAUUUUUUUUGUUUAACAUAAUAACUGACCCCAGAGAGAAGCGCCAAGAGUAGUAGUCUUUCUGUAUAGCCAGCAGCCAAAAGUAGAACUUUAUACACUCAAACACUCACUCUAGGGAGGUUCUCAGUGCCAGCUAUAUGGGAAGCUUUCUGGAGCUAUGCUGAAUUUCUAAACCCUUGCUGGAAUUUCAUCGAGGCAAUGCCUCUGAUAGAAGCCAUCUGUCUUUGUGCUGGAAGAGUCCUGCAUUGUGCAAAAGUAACCCUAAUGUGCUUCAGAAGGCAGACCUCUGUGCUUCUCCCUUCCCUCGAGGGAAUCGUCAGUAGCCUGUGGCCAUCAAGGAUUCUCACUUUUUUUUUUUUUUUUUUUUGAGAUGGAGUUUAGCUCUUGUUACCCAGGCUGGAGUGCAAUGGCACGAUCUCGGCUCACCGCAACCUCCGCCUCCUGGGCUCAGGCAAUUCUCCUGCCUCAGCCUCCCGAGUAGCUGGGAUUACAGGCACGCGCCACCACACCCAGCUAAUUUUUUGUAUUUUUAGUAGAGACGGGGUUUCACCAUGUUGACCAGGAUGGUCUCAAUCUCUUGACCUCGUGAUCCACCCGCCUCGGCCUCCCAAAGUGCUGGGAUUACAGGCGUGAGCCACCGUGCCCGGCCGGAUUCUCACUUUUUUUCUGCCCCACAACUGGUUUAAGCAUGAGCAUGAUCCAGUUUUAGCCAGAAAGAUAGAUAGGAGCUUUGUUCUGCUGACCACUAGCAGAGGUUUCCCUUCUUCAUGGAUAUGGUUGAUCUCACAUGGCACUUCUGAUGGAUUUGUUCAGCCUCUAAGACAUAUAACCUGAAAUUGGCUGCGUCAUAUUCUGGUUUUGCGGCAAAUGCCUUAAUUUUUAGACUAUCGUAAAUCUUGGGGAUUCUGUUUGCUUUGUGGGUCAGGUUGAGAAAAGCACUGGGCUAAGCCAGUAUGAAGGGAUGAACAGCUUUUGUGAGCGCUCCAACUAUUUGUAUCUGAGGUGAUAGUAGGAUGGCAAAGAAUAGCUCUUGUCCUACUGUCAGCCUAACUUGCUUUGCUGCUUAAGGAAAGAAUGCCAGUCUUUGCAGCCCUAAUCUUUUGGUCUGUAUGUCAGGAUUUUUGCCUAAUUGAGGUCACCCUAAGCAGUGGGCAUUUGUUGUGAUAAUCUCUAGUGUAUCUGGGAGCCACGUGAAUUAGGUCCCUUGUUCCCAGAAUAUAUUUCUUAUUCCCAAGGCUUCUUAAGGAAGAUUUGAACUCGUGGGACCUGUCAAGAUCUCUGAAAUCCGUUUUUCAGUAGGAAGUUGACACUGGCUGUCCUCCAAAAGGCCCAGGUAGGAAUCAUAGUUGGUGCAGAGACCCAAAUGAUUAAGGGGAUGGGAAAACUGCAGCAAACCGUAGGGAAUAUGACCCUUCUAAAGGUACAUCCACAUGUGUUUCCAUUACUCUGGCUCUACUACGAGGGUUUACAAAAAUAUUCCCAUACCUGUGUCUCUUAUGGCUGAGAUUACUGUCCAGAAGCCAGUCUAAACAUUUUUGCAAUAAAGUGCACAUAUUUAUAGUGUACCGUUUGAUAAGUUUUGAUAGACUUCCUUCCCCAAAGUUUCCUGAUUCCCUUUAUAUUUUCCCACUUUCCUUCGCCCAUUCCCCAGGCAGCCAUUGAUCUGUUGUCACUGUAGAUUUAUUUGUCUUUCCCAGAAUUCGACAGAGAUACAGUAAUUUAAUAUGUACUCUAAUGUUCCUGAUUUCUUAAACUCUGAAAUUAUUUUAUGGUUCGUAAUGGUGUUCUGUGAUUCAUAGUUCAUUUCUUCUCAUUUAUACUUUGCUAAGAGUAUUCCAUUGUAGAGAAAUAGUUCCAAAGCAAGUGAUCCAGGAGAGAACUCACACAAGAACGAAGCCACUUUGAGACCAGCCUGGUUGACAUAGUGAAACCCCAUCUCUACUAAAAAUACAAAAAACUAGCUGGGUGUGGUGGCAGGUACCUAUAAUCCCAGAGGGCUGUACACAUUAUAUAUACAUCUGCCUGUCUACGUGUGUGUGUCUCUGUCUCUCUGGGACUGAAAUGUGUUUGUAGGAUGUCUUGUAACUACAAGUUUGAUUUCCAUGGUAGAUGGAGGGCUGUACUAGUUAUAUACACAUCUGUCUGUCCAUCCGUCUGUCUGUCACUCCAUCUGUCCAUCUCUGAGCUUUGAGUGAGCUUUGAUGGUCUGUGUCUUUCAAGGAGUUUGUCUGUUUCACUUAAGUACUCAAAUUUUUCAAAAUAUUGUUUUCAUACUUGUAGAAUUUGUAAUGGUGCUACCUCUUCUAUUCCUGAUACUGGUAAUGUCUAUAUUUCUUUUUAACCUUUAUUGGUUUGGGUAGAAAUUUAUUAAUUUUAUAAUUUUAUUUAUCUUAAAAUAGUUGGUAUUUUUGAAUUUUCUGUUUUCUGAUAUUUUGGGAUUUUUUUCCAUUUUGACUUUUACUAAUGCCUUCUGCUUUUAUUGGAUUUCAUCUCUUUUGCUACUUUUUUUUUUUUUUUUUUUUUGAGAUGGAGUUUUGCUCUUGUUACCCAGGCUGGGGUGCAAUGGUGCGAUCUCGGCUCACCGCAACCUCCGUCUCCUGGGUUCAGGCAAUUCUCCUGCCUCAGCCUCCUGAGUAGCUGGGAUUACAGGCACGUGCCAUCAUGCCCAGCUAAUUUUUUUGUAUUUUUAGUAGAGACGGGGUUUCACCAUGUUGACCAGUAUGGUCUCAAUCUCUUGACCUUGUGAUCCACCUGCCUCGGCCUCUUUUGCUACUUUUUAACAUGGAAGCUGAGGUCCUUCAUUUCAUACCUCUGUUUUUUUUUCCCUAAUAUGGGGGGGAAUGUUAAUGUUGAAAAUCUAAGAACUGCUUUAGUUACCUCCCACCAAGUUUGAUGUGGUUUCAUUUUAAUUGAGUUUAGAAUGUUUUCCAGUUAAAAAAAAAUUAUUCUUGACACAUGGCUCUUUUAAAAUGUAUGUUAUUUAAUUUCUAAAUAUUUGGAGAUUUUGCUUAUCUUUCUAGUAAUUCCUGCGUUAAUUGUAUUGUGGUCAGAGUAUAUUAAGACUUGAAUUAUUUACAUUUAUUGAAAUUUGCUUUGUGACCUAGAAUAUCAACUAUCUUGGUAUGAGUUACAUGUUCACUUGGAAUGUAUAUUGUACUCUCGUUUGAUGAAGGGGUUGUAUAAGUGUUGAUUAGGUAAAAAUGGCUGAUAAUGUUAUUUAAGUUUUUUUAUAUCUUUAUUGACAUUCUGUGUUUUUGUUCUGGUUCUAACAAUUGUUUUAAGAGGAUUGUUGCCUCUCUGAAUAUCAAGUUGGAUUUACUUCUCUGUGCAGUUCUGUCAGAUUUUGCUUCACAUAUUUUGAUGUCUUUUUAUCAGGUGAAUAAUAAAUAUUUCCUAUUUUAUGUCCA